CAAACAAGAAUUAAGAAAUGGAGUUAGUGCAGAGCCAGCUAAGCACUCCACUGAUACCGAAUUUUUUAUAGUUACCUUGGAAACCGAUACCACGUGAAAUCAUGUAGGACAACUUCUUUGAAGAAAACCCCUCUAUUGAGUUCACUACACCCUGCAACCAUUGUUCUCUUACCUUUCUCUGCAAAUCCAUUCACUUUUCUGUUGUUGUUGAGAUCAUAUCAUGGCUGGUGCACUUGUUGGUGGAGCUUUCCUCUCUGGCUUCAUUAACGUUCUCUUUGACAGGCUCCUUACAAAAGAUGCGGUCAACUUGGUCCUGGGAAAGAAGCUUGGCCCUGACUUGGUUGAAAGGCUGAAGACUGCUCUGUUGGGUGCUGAAGCUCUUGUUGCUGAUGCUGAGCUGAAGCAGUUUGGUAAUCCAUCUGUGAGGAAGUGGCUCGAUAGUCUCCGGGAUGCUGUUUACUGUGCUGACGACUUGCUGGAUGCGGUCCUCCUCAAAGCCACCACUCAAAAGAAUGCAACUUCUUCCUGGUCCCUUAGCUUCUUCAUCAACCGAGAUAGGGAUGAAAUGGUAGACAAGAUGGAAGGGAUGGUUAGAAGAAUAGAGGAUCUUGGAAAACAAAAAGAUUUCCUUGGUCUUGAAAAGAUUCCCACUGGUAGCUCAUCAUGGAGGACUCCGACCAGUUCUCUUGUAAGAGGGAGUGUGUAUGGCAGGGAGGAUGACCAGAAGGCCUUAGUCCAGAUGCUGAUUGACAACAGUGAGCAUCACCUGUCUGUGAUCGCUAUUGUUGGCAUAGGUGGGGUUGGUAAAACAACUUUAGCCCAAUGGCUGUACAACAAUCAGGAGGAGUUCAUGAAGGGAUUUGAUCUGAAAGCAUGGGUUUGCGUUUCGGAGAAGUUUGAAGUUGUUGAGACUACAAGGAAUGUUAUAAAGGAGAUCUCUCCAGAUGCUCAGGGUCUUGAGCAUUUCAAUUCACUUCACAGUGCUUUGAAAGAAGAAUUGUCGAAUAAGAAGUUCCUUAUUGUUCUGGAUGAUGUUUGGAGUGAUGAUGGUGACAAAUGGAGUAAUUUUAUGACCCCUUUCCAACAAAAUGGGAAUAAGGGAAGUAUUGUUCUUCUGACUACUCGGGAGGAAAAUGUUGCUUCCGCAGUUCAAAAUUGUCGCCCUUAUUUUCUCAAGAAGUUGUCGGAGGACUAUUGUUGGUCAGUGUUUGCAGAAAAUGCUUCUUUUCCAGAAUCAAAUGGGAGAGCAGCACUUGAAGAAAUAGGCAGAAAGAUUGUCAAGAAAUGUGAUGGCUUGCCAUUAGCUGCAGAAACACUUGGUCGCUUGUUACGUACAAAGCAUGAUGUUGAGGAAUGGAACAAGAUACUAAUGAGUGAUAUUUGGGAAUUUUCGGUGGAGAAGAGUAAGAUUAUUCCAGCAUUACUGAUAAGUUACUUCCAUCUUUCUCCAUAUUUAAAGCGUUGUUUUGUUUAUUGUGCUUUAUUUCCCAAGGAUUAUAAAUUUGAGAAAGAUGAAUUAAUCCUUUUGUGGAUGGCAGAAGAUCUUUUACCACCACCAAAGAGAGGAGAGAGUUUAGAAGAAGUUGGUUGUGAGUGUUUUGAUGAACUUACUUCCAGAUUAUUUUUCACGAAGAGUAAAGACUUUGGUGAUUAUUUUGUGAUGCAUGAUCUGUUGCAUGAUUUAGCAAUAUUCCUUGCUGUAGAUUUAAGUCAUUGUAGCUCAAAACUUUAUAAUUCUAUUUCUAAAGUAGAAUCUUUGAGAACAUUAUUAUUGUAUGGCGGUUUCUCAUCUCCCAACUGCAACAUUGAAGCGGCAACAUGUGAGAUAUUAUCAAAGUGUAAAUACUUGAGAGUUUUAUCCCUUACAAAACUUGAUGAGGUGCUUAAUUUAAUAGGAGAAUUGAUCCAUCUGCGCUACUUGGAUCUCUCUUGGACUUAUACCAAGACAUUGCCAGAGUCUUUGUGCAACUUGUGUAAUUUGCAAACAUUGAAGUUGAAUCAUUGUUCUAAGCUAACUACGCUGCCUAGUGGUUUGCAUAAUCUUGUGAAUUUGCGGCAUCUUGAUAUUAGAAAAAUCUCUUUGGAAGAAAUGCCCAGAAAAAUGAGCAAAUUGAAUCAGUUGCACAUUUUAAGUUACUUUGUCGUUGGCAAGCACAAAGACAACGGAAUCCAGGAGUUAGGAGGGCUGGAAAAUCUUCAUGGAUCCGUUGAGAUUAAGAAGUUGGAGAAUAUUGUUGAUGUGAAUGAAGCAAAGAGGGCAAAGAUAAUGGAUAUGAAGCACAUUGAUGAAUUAUGUUUGCAAUGGUCUUCAGGUGAUGAUUUGGUUUCAAGUACACAACAAGAAAGAGACAUGCUCGACAACUUGCAACCGCAGAAUGGGUUGAAAGAGUUGAGAAUAUGGGGAUACAAGGGUACAAUAUUUCCAGAUUGGUUGGGGAACUGUUCCUACGAAUAUAUGACACGUAUAUCUCUAAAGUCUUGCAAGAAUUGCUGCAUGCUGCCUUCACUUGGACAGCUGCCAUCUCUCAAGUCCCUGCGCAUUGAAGGUUUCCAUCAGCUGAGGAGUAUUGGCGAGGAGUUUUACAAGAAUGAAGGAGAUCAUCAUUCUUCGCAUAUUGCACCGUUUCCCUCAUUGAAGACUUUGAUAUUUUAUAACAUGGCAUGUUGGGAGGUGUGGCACGUAGCUGAGUCGGAAACUUUUCCUCAACUUAGGAAGCUUCAAAUAAGAAGAUGCCCAAUGUUGAAGGAAGAGAUGCGUAAUCAGGUAUUCUUCAGAAUAGUUUCUUCUUUGUCGGAUGUUUCCAAAGUUCGCAAACUACUUAUAGACGACCAUUUUAUAGAACGGCACACCGAGGACAUGUUUCUUGAUGGGGAUACUUUAAGAAUUGGGGGAAGUGAAUCUGUGAGGGAGUCUGCAUUGAAGGCAAUGAUCAGCAUGAACCAUCUACGUUGCCUCCAAGAAAUACACAUCUCAGGGUGUAGAAAACUAGAAUUCCCGCAGCUACAGCAGCACAAGUAUGAUUUGGUAGAGCUACAAAUACAACACAGCUGUGAUUCACUGACCUCCUUGUCGUUGGACGUCUUUCCCAAUCUCAAGAAUCUCAAGAUAGAAGGGUGUAGGAAUCUGGAAUCAGUGUCAAUGUCAGAGGCACCACACGCUGCUCUUCAACGUCUCUCCAUUACUCUCUGCCAAAAAUUAGUGUCAUUUGCAGGAGGACUGGCUGCACCCAACUUGACUCAUCUCAAUGUUAGCAGGUGCUCAAAGUUGGAGGCAUUACCACGUGACAUGAAGAGUCUACUCCCAAGUUUACAGUCCCUCGAGAUAAAUGGUUGCCCAAACCUUUGCAGGUUGCCAGAGGGUGGUUUGCCGCCUAACUUGAGAUCACUUGAGGUGGGAAUUUGCGAACAACAAAUGAGGGAUCUGUCAUGGGUGGCCAACUUGCACGCCCUCACUCAUCUUACCAUUUCAGGUUAUUACUGCGACAACAUAAAGUCAUACCCAGAGGUGGGUUCGUUGCCUCACCUUCCCUCCCUUACCACUCUUUAUAUUGAAUACUUUGAUAAUCUGGAGACAUUGGAGUGCAACGAGCUUCUCCACCUCACCUCCCUUCAACAACUACACAUAGAUUGGUGUCCAAAGAUAGAGAAUAUGCAAGGAGAAAAGCUGCCUCCCUCUCUCUUGCUACUGAGAAUUCAAAAGUGUCCUUUGCUGGGAGAACACUGCAAGAACAAGCAUCAACUAAUCUGGCCCAAGAUUUCCCACAUCCCCACCAUUCAAGUCAAAAACCUUUCCGACACAGAUUCUGAGUAGGAGAUACAUUGAAGAUUGAGCAGAGAAGGUCAAAGAUUCUGAAAACAGAAUUGAUAGCAAUAGCAAAAAAGAAUAUGUAAACUUGGAUCAAUAGAAAUCAUGAAUAGAAGCUGCUUUUCUGGUGAAGUUUAGCAAUUUCAUCUUCUUGAUGUAUUUAGAUGAGCAUCUUCUCAGUGUAGAAGAGAUUAUGUAUGAUGAAGUUGUUGCCAAAUCAACCUAUGUACUGAAUAUUAUUGUUGUUGUUAGUUUAUUAGUUAUUAUGUUGUAUGAUGAUAAACAUUAUUUUUGAAGCAGAUUGAAUGUGUGUCAUUGCCUUAA